AUGUCUUCUAUGCGUCCGGAUACCGUUGGCCAAGAUACGACGGUCGAAAGUAUAAUGGGCGUGGGCUUGAUCGAGGCUAAGCUCAUUUCAAGGGAAUACUGCCAGUCUCACUGGGUCAUCACGUUCAGUCAAUCUGGCAAGUGCAUCAACGCCCAUCUGUCGAAGGAUGUACUUCGGUAUUCACGGGACCCUCUUCCAGAGGUUGUCAGUUCCAUCGGCUUUCGCAUCAAGAACGGAAAACCCCCAAUUGAUGACCUAUUGGAGGAUUUGUGGCUUCCGCCAUCAUUCAUGGAGCGACCCCGGGAGUUCUGCGACUGUGUUCAAUGGGCAUUCGGGGUUAUCUACAACUACUCCGGGCUUGACUGUAUCGACACUGUCUCUACAACAGGAAUUUCUCUAGAUGAUUUGGUUGGGGAGCUAGUCCGCAUACAAUCAGGUGCUUUGAUCGAUGUUAACAUGGGCCUUACCUUGUCGGAGCGCGCGUGCAUUGAAGACUAUGGCAGUCUGGCCAGGUCUAAUGAUCGCAGCGCCACUCGUGCAGGUGCUCAUCCCCGGGACGCGGAAGUGGAUGAUGGAAAAUGA